UCGUUCCCUCCACUCGCAGGAUUUUUCAUUCAACCCUCAGUCCAGGAUUCAAAACUUCUUACGGGAAUUUUUCUACGUAUUCCGAACGUAAAAUAUACUUCUCAAUAAAAUUCUGAAACCAACCACCUCUUGAGGUACAAUAAACAAUAAAAAUACAAAUCGUUCAUCGAGUCUGUAAAAUACUCCAGACACAACCGUUUGAUAAAUUCUCUCCUAUACAUUAUUUUAAAUUGCCCCGAUUAAAUCCCUCACGUUAAAAUUUCUUUCUACUUUUUAAUCACCCUCAUUAUUAUUGCACGACAAUUACAAGCGCAUGUCACAAUCGAUAACGCUUGCAGUCUCAAUGCACUCGUGUGAGUGAUAGCAUCAAAUUAAAUCGAGAUAUUACCACCGACAAUUAUCCCCUUGAAAUAAUAGUUGGAAAAUCCCUCCAUGAGCUAUGAAGAUACUUCCCGAGUACAGUUACGGUUGGAACAGAUUUUUUUUGAAUUUGGGUGGAUUUUGGCCGAAACGUCAGUCAACAUUCAUCGGAAAGCACUGGCCCUUGAUAAAUGCAGGUCUAGUUUUCGUCGUUAUAAUUAUUCCCCGAUUCGCCGCCAUGUCCCUAUUCUGGAAUGAAGUUGACGCAUUCGUCCAGUCUUUCACGACUCAAUUGGCAUUUAUGUCGGUGUUCUUCAAACUCAUAAUUCUGCAACUUGGAAACGAAGUUCUAGUCGAUCUGCUGUCAAUGAUGAGAGAAGACUUAUCCACGGAAUUGACUCAAGAACAAUUUGCGCCGGUGUUAAAAGCUGCUAAAUUCGGGAGAACAAUUUCGACAAUCGUGGGAAUGAGUUUCGUCUGCGUUGUAAUCACCGGUAUCAUCUCGCUGGUACUAUAUCAAUUCUGAUCCACCGAUCAAUCCCCUGAAGUAUUGGAACUUACAUCGAGUUAUUCACCAGAAAUUA